CCAUUUCCAGACUCCACCCACCUACCAUUAUCAAAAAAUGCCGCCCUCUCCUCAGACGACUGACCAAGAAUGAGUGGAGUCUCUGCUCUCCCCACUUCGUUUGUCCUCUAUAGUAUAGUUCGUCACGCUACAUACUGAUUAUUAGCUCUAAAGUUUUCAACAGAUUUUGAUCAUCAGGAAGAGAUGUUCGUGUUGAAUCCGGCGAAUACUCUGAAGCCAAUUCUCUCCGACGACACCGUCCGUCGAUCUCCUCUGAUCCAUGCCAGUGCUAACAGUAGGAGGACCCGGAAGAUCCGUAUUUCGGCUCCCGGGUCUCGGGUCAACCGGAAUGUGACGAACACAAUUCGAGCUGUGAUCAGCAGUGGCGGCAAGACUGCCGAUACCGCCACGUCUCCGGCCGACGGGGACAAGACCACCGGGACGGUGCUGUCUUCAUUUUCUGGAAGUGAAGGAAUCCAAGUGAGAGCGGCGGUGACGAUCAGGAAGAAGAUGAAAAAGACGAUUACUGAUAAGCUUGAAGAUCAGUGGGAAUACUUCGUUAACGGACUCGGUCUGGGAAUCCAGAUUCAGCUCAUCAGUGAGGAAAUCGAUCCUGUUACUAAGUCGGGAAAAAGCGUCCAGACGAGCGUGAGAGGGUGGCUGCCAAAGCCGUCGAACCUUUCGUACAUCGUCGAAUACUCCGCCGAUUUCACAGUCCCAAGCGACUUUGGAUCCCCUGGCGCCAUUCUCAUCACCAAUCUUCAUAGCAAGGAGUUCCACUUGCUUGAGAUCGUCAUUCAUGGCUUCGAAGGAGGGUCCAUUUUCUUCCCAGCAAAUACUUGGAUUCAUUCCCGCAAUGACAAUCCUGAAAGCAGAAUCAUAUUCAAGAAUCAGGCAUAUUUACCAUCACAAACACCAGCUGGUAUUAAAGAUCUUCGACGUGAAGAUUUGCUAAGCAUCAGAGGUACUGGAAAAGGCGAAAGAAAGGCUCAUGAUAGAAUCUACGAUUAUGCUUCUUACAAUGACUUGGGAAAUCCUGACAAGGACCAGGACCUUGCUAGGCCGGUCGUUGGCGUUGACGAUAGACCUUAUCCGAGGCGCUGUAGAACCGGCCGGCCUCCAGCCACCACAGAUCCACUGAUUGAGAGUAGAAUUGAAAAGCCACAUCCUGUAUACGUGCCUCGGGAUGAAGCUUUUGAAGAAAUCAAGCAGGACACUUUCUCUGCUGGAAGGUUGAAAGCUCUGUUCCACAAUCUUAUUCCCUCGCUUGCCGCAACGCUGUCAAGUUCAGACAUUCCAUUUAACUGCUUUUCCGACAUUGACAAACUUUAUACUGAUGGUGUUGUCUUGAGAGGUGAAGAACGUAAAGACAUUGCAGAUAAUCUAUUAUUGGGCAAGAUGAUGAAACAGGUUCUCAGCAUUGGGGAGAGAUUAUUAAAAUAUGAUAUCCCGGCCGUUAUAAAGAGGGAUAGAUUCUCUUGGUUGCGGGACAAUGAAUUUGCGAGGCAAACUCUAGCUGGGUUAAAUCCAGUAAAUAUUGAGCUUUUGAAGGAAUUUCCCAUUCGCAGCAAGCUAGAUCCUGUUGAGUAUGGUCCUCCAGAGUCAGUGAUAACAAAAGAACUACUAGAACAAGAAAUUGGAGGAAUGAGCUUGGAAAAGGCUAUGGAGGAAAAAAGACUAUUUAUCCUAGAUUUUCACGACAUGCUUUUGCCUUUUAUCAAGAAGAUGAACUCUUUGCCUGGGAGAAAAGCCUAUGCCUCAAGGACAAUUCUCUUCCAUGCUCCCGAUGGUAUUCUACUGCCUAUUGCUAUUGAGCUUUCUCUUCCUCCAACACCUUUAUCACCGGGGAAUAAGCAAGUUUAUACACAUGGCCAUGAUGCUACAACACACUGGAUUUGGAAGUUAGCAAAAGCUCAUGUUUGUUCAAAUGAUGCUGGCAUCCAUCAACUAGUAAAUCACUGGUUAAGGACUCAUGCAUGCAUGGAGCCAUAUAUAAUUGCUACUCAUAGACAGCUAAGCUCAAUGCACCCCAUUUACAAGCUACUACAUCCUCAUAUGCGCUAUACACUGGAAAUUAAUGCACUUGCACGGCAGAAUCUAAUAAAUGGAGGGGGAGUAAUUGAGGCUUCUUUCAGUCCAGGAAAGUAUGCGAUGGAACUCAGCUCAGCAGCCUACAAGAAUUUGUGGCGGUUCGAUAUGGAAUCACUGCCAGCAGAUCUUAUUCGAAGGGGAAUGGCUGUAGAAGAUCCUUCAAUGCCAUGUGGUGUGAAACUGGUGAUUGAAGACUACCCUUAUGCUGCAGAUGGACUCCUAAUCUGGUCUGCCAUAAAAGAAUGGGUAGAAUCUUAUGUUGACCACUUUUACUCUGACCCGAAUUCUGUCACAACUGAUGUUGAGCUCCAAGCAUGGUGGAAUGAAAUUAAACAUAAGGGUCAUCAUGACAAAAGGAAUGAGCCCUGGUGGCCUAAACUCGAGACCAAAGAGGACCUCUCCGGUAUCCUUUCCACUAUGAUUUGGGUUGCUUCAGGUCAACAUGCUGCAAUAAACUUUGGACAAUACCCCUUUGGAGGGUAUGUCCCUAAUCGUCCUACCCUAAUGAGAAAACUCAUUCCCCAAGAAAAUGAACAUGAUUAUGAAAAGUUGAUUCAAAAUCCUCAGCACUUUUUCCUAUCAUCAUUGCCUACUCAACUUCAAGCUACCAAAGUGAUGGCCGUUCAGGACACAUUGUCUACUCAUUCCCCUGAUGAAGAGUAUUUGGGUCAAUUGAAUCCAUUGCAUUCUCACUGGAUCAAUGAUCAAGAGAUCUAUAAACUGUUCAGUAAAUUCUCUGCCAGACUUGAGGAGAUAGAAGAUAUAAUAAAUGCAAGAAAUAAGGAUGUCCGUCUAAAGAACAGAAGUGGUGCUGGUGUCCCUCCUUAUGAACUAUUGCUUCGGUCAUCAGGACCAGGGGUAACAGGUCGUGGAAUUCCCAAUAGCAUAUCUAUUUGAAUUUUUGUUAAUUGUAUCUCGUUGGUUUUGUUGAUGGAUAUCUUCUGCUUAUAUGAGAUGCACUAUUUUGUUGGCAGAAACCGUGUAGAUUUAAGCAUGCAUAUCUUUCUCGAUGUGUAAUCUACUGUUUUACUUUCCGAUUAGAAGAUUCAAGGGCAUGAAUAUUGAAAUUACAACUAAAAAAAGGUGGGAA